AUGCCUGCAUCGGACAUCAGCCGGCCUUGUAAGAGAUGCAAGGCCGAAGAUUCUCCAUUUCGUCUACGAACCGAUCCGACGUGUCGCGACUGCUACAUUCAGUUCGUUACCUACAAACUGAACAGACGCCUUGGUGCUCUUCAUAAAGAUACUCGUUCGUCAAAGGCACUCACUACUCGGAGACAUCUGGCUGGCUUGUCCUUUGGACCUUCGUCAAGUGUCCUGGCUCAGAUACUCAGCCAACAGGCUCGACAUCACUCUGAAAACAAGGCAUCUUCCCCAUAUGAACCUGUCAUCGUUCACAUUGAUACGGAUUUAUCACAUGCUGAAGGAGAAUCUCCUGCCCAAAAGCUGCUCAGCGAUUACCGCCGUGCUUUUCCUCACGCCACCUUUGAAUGUGUUCCUCUUAAAGAGGUACUGUCUGUGAGGAGUAUCGACUGGUCAACUCUACCCCUCGAUGCUGGUAACCCUGAAGAAGAUGCGUCUGCUCGUCUUCAACGACUAUUUAAUGCCUUGCCUACACUCACCGCACGUAGCGAUGUUCUUCGUCUACUUAUCCGUCACCUUCUUCUCCAGAAAGCUCAAGACUAUGCCUGCACAGCGCUCCUCUUGGGUCACAGCACUACAGCGCUCGCCGCGUUGACGUUAUCAGAGGUUGCUAACGGACGAGGGUUCGCAGUCCCGAUCCAAGUUGCCGAUGGUAUGACUACUGUGUGCACAUAUGAGGCAGUCGAAGGCGGUGCCGCACAAGAGAUUAGCCGACUUGAGUUUCCAGUCUACUACCCCCUGCGCGAGAUCUUUCGUAAUGAGAUGAAACAGUAUAUCGAUCUCGUACCCUCGCUAAAGGAAGUUGUCCCUGUCGAUACAGCAGGCACGAAAGCUGGGAGCAGUGUCGUUUCCCAUAAGGAUUUGAGUAUCGAAGAAGUGAUGGCCCGGUACUUUGAAAGUGUCGAAGAGGGGUAUUCUGGUGUUGUUGCCAAUGUUGUGCGUACGGCUGGAAAGCUGGAGCGAGUUCCUGGGCAGACUUUCUGUGGCAGCUGUGGUAUGUCACUUGAUGCCGAGGGCGAUUCGCGAUGGGCGGGUGAGAUAGGCGACGAUCCUGAAGACGGACCGAGUGCAGCCGGCGCAGGCCGGCUAUGCUAUGGCUGCAAGAGGUCGAUUCACGGGUAG